CACCGCUUCACCACCAUUUGGGGCCAGAGAGCAUCUAAACCCUUCUUCUCCCCACGAACCACCCCACUCGCCGACGCCGCCGCCGCCGCUCGCGGUGAACUAUCGCCAUGUCACCCGCUGCCGCCGCCGUCCCAUGCGACGAUCGCAUCCGCAGCUACGAUGACUUCGCACGGGUGCACGCGUACCUGCUCGCCGCGGCCGGCGUCCCGCCGUCACUGCAUCAGCGGCUGUACCGCAAACUCGCCGACGAGGUGUUCGACGGCGGGGAGAGCUUUGCGGUGGAGCCCUGCGAGGGAGGGAGGCAACGUCGCCUCGUGCUCGCCUCCGAGACCCCUCUAGGGAGGGAGUCGGACGUCUUCCUCGUCGACCACGCGUGGUCCUUCCGCCUCUCCGAUGCGCUCAAGCAGUUGCGGGAAGUACCGGGAUUGGCCGAGAGAAUGUCAGCGCUAAUGUGCGUGGAUCUGGACAGGAGAACUGAGAUUGAAGAGUCAGAUGAGCAGGACCGUGAAAUGAGUGGGGGUUUGGAGCAUGUCUUGCAGGUUGUGCAGAAAGAAAGAACGAGAACCCAGGAGAAGGGUAGUGAUUUUGCAGCAUGGCUGGAGCUUGAGGAACUUGGAAUUGAUGAUGAUAUGCUAGUAUCACUGGAUCUUUCAGCAAAUUUUCCGAAUCUGGUAGCCCUAAACCUUUGGGGAAACAAGCUGCAAGAUCCAGAAAAAAUAAUGCAAGAAAUCAGAAAAUGUGGAAGGUUAAAGGCACUUUGGUUGAACGAGAACCCUAUCCUUAACCAGGGUAUUGACAAAGCUGUUCUUGAUGGUCUCCCUGAAUUGGAAAUCUACAAUUCACAUUUUACAAGGAAAGCUAGAGAGUGGGCUUUAGGUUUCUGUGGAAAUAUGGUUGGAGCAGAUAAUCCAUGUUCUUCUGUGGAAAGCAUAUCAUUGGAUAAUAUUGCGACUCUUGACCUUUCUGAUAGGUGUAUUCACAAACUACCAGAGGUUUUCUGCCCUAGUAAGCUGUCAUCUCUUUCAAACUUGAACAUCCGCGGCAAUCCUUUGGACCAAGUGCCCGGUGAUGAUCUCUUGAAUUUAUUUAGUGGUUUUACACAGUUACAGGAGUUGGAGGUUGACAUUCCUGGCCCUCUUGGAAACAGUGCACUUCCCAUUCUUGAGGCUCUUCCAAAUCUAACUUUGCUAAAUGGUGUUAAUGCGUUGAGUAUAGCAGAGAGCGGUAAGCAUGUAGUUGAUUCUGCACUUCAACCACGUGUUCCAGAAUGGUCACCUGAAGAAUCUCUUGCUGAAAGAGUUAUUGGUGCAAUGUGGCUAUAUCUUAUGACAUACCGGCUUGCUGAUGAAGAAAAGGUCGAUGAAACACCUGUUUGGUAUGUCAUGGAUGAGUUGGGCUCAGCCAUACGCCAUAGUGAUGAUGCAAACUUUAGAAUCGCUCCUUUCUUGUUCAUGCCAGAAGGGAAACUAGCUUCUGCUAUAAGUUACACAAUUCUCUGGCCUGUCGGUGAUGUUCAUACUGGAGACGAAUGUACCCGAGAUUUCUUGUUCGGAAUUGGCGAAGACAAACAACGGUCAGCUAGGCUUACAGCUUGGUUCCACACUCCAGAGAACUAUUUUAUUCAGGAAUUCAGAAAGUACCAGGAGCAACUUCAAUCAACUGGUAUUUGUCCUUCAACAAAAGAGAAGCCCUCAACUAAAAGUUUACGCCCAAGUGAUGGCCGCGCACUUCGAGUAUUUACUGAUAUACCCCAAGUAGAUGAGUUUUUAACACGCCCAGAGUUCGUUCUCACAACUGACCCUAAGGACGCUGACAUCAUCUGGGUGAGUAUGCAAGUGGAUUCAGAAUUGAAGAGUUCUCUAGAGCUUACAGACCAACAAUACACAAAUCAAUUUCCUUUUGAAGCUUGCCUAGUCAUGAAGCAUCACCUGGCAGACACUAUCCACAAGGCAUGGGGCUCGCCUGAGUGGCUUCAACCUACAUAUAACCUAGAGACCCAUUUGUCUCAACUUAUUGGAGAUUAUUGUGUGAGGAAACAAGAUAAUAUGGACAACUUGUGGAUCAUGAAACCUUGGAAUAUGGCCAGAACAAUUGAUACCACUGUUACUGGUGAUCUAUCUGCUAUCAUCAGACUUAUGGAGACAGGUCCCAAGAUAUGCCAAAAGUAUAUUGAGUGUCCUGCACUUUUCCAAGGAAGGAAGUUUGAUAUUCGGUACAUUGUUUUGGUCCGCAGUAUAUGCCCUUUGGAGAUCUUUCUUUCUGAUGUUUUUUGGGUUAGGUUAGCAAACAAUCAAUACACUCUGGAGAAAACUAGCCUUUUCGAAUACGAGACCCAUUUCACUGUGAUGAAUUAUACUGGAAGGAUGAACCAUAUGAAUACGCCGGAGUUUGUUAAGGAGUUUGAGAAGGAGCACCAAGUUAAAUGGUUGGACAUCCAUGAAAGCAUAUGUAAUAUGAUAAGGCGCGUCUUUGAGUCAGCCUCAGCAGUUCAUCCUGAGAUGCAAAACACAUUCUCCAGGGCCAUCUAUGGUGUUGAUGUUAUGCUUGAUAAUAGAUUCAAGCCAAAGAUUUUAGAGGUGACAUAUUGCCCAGACUGCACGAGGGCAUGCAAAUAUGACACGUCGGCUGUGGUUGGAAACCAGGGUGCCAUUAGAGGGAGUGAUUUCUUCAACACAGUAUUUGGCUGCCUCUUUCUUGAUGACUUGACGAAUGUAUCGCCACUGUAAUCAUCAUCCCAGAUUCUUUUUUGGAUGUUGUAACACCCAUGUUCUCGCACCAUGAUAUAUACAAGCUGUUGAACUUACACCCGUGACAGGAUAAAUGGACCAUGUUCAUCACGCGUCUCCUAGAGUACAACAUUGAUUGUAAACUGUGGUGGUGUUUGAACUGUGACGGUGAAGAUGGAAUUUACUUUCUGUGUUCGCCUGUGUGCUUCUGAUACCAACGUUAUGCUUAGAA